CAGCAAGCAUUUAUUAAGCGCCUUCCAGGUGUCUGCCAGCAAGCAUUUAUUAAGCGCCUUCCAGGCGUCCACCCAAGCAUUUAUUAAACACCUUCCCGGUGUCCGGCGCUGUCCUUGGUGCUAAGAAAGGCCCCUCACAGUCCCUGCUCCCAGUCACUGAGGGGAGGGGAGUGUGGGGGGACCAUCCGCGGGCAGCUUGGCGCAGAGCCACCUGGGAGUGAUCACCGCGGGCGGGCAGGCUCGGUGGGGGACUGGGCCAGGUCUCCCUCGGAGAGACCAGGCGCCUGUGCAGGCAGCUUCCGCUCUCCGUCUCCUUUCCCCUUUCCCGGCUUUCCCCUGCGGCCCGCCCCUCCUGGCAGUCUCUGGGCCCCAGUGGAGCUGGCGCCGCCUCUCCGGACACCGAGCCUUUGCCCGGGCCGUACCCCAUGCCUGGCAUUCUCCGGCUCCCGAGAUUCAGCCUCUCCCUUGCCCAGCCGCCGGCGCCUUCUCCCUUCGGCUCUCCUCCCGCUCGCAGGACUGUGGCUCACAAACGCCAUCGUGUUCCCGACGUCUCCAUUACCCUGAGAGCAGGGCCAGGGGCCUGCGUCUUUUUGUCUCCCCUGGCUCAGCGCCGGUACACAGUAGGCGCUUAAUCAGUGUGUGCUCGCCGCCCGGGCCCGAUCUCGAUUUCUUAGGGCUCCUGAGUGCGCUCCCUCCCCCACCCAGCCUCACGCCCUGAGCCGGGCUGGGCUCGGGUCCGAGGGCCGGAAGGGUUUCAGAGCCGGGGACAGAUCUCGGGGAUCGCAGGGUCCGUGUCUUUAGCCCCGGCGCGGGGCUCCUCGGAGCCGGGGCACCCGGGGCAGCGCCCCCUUACUCUCUCCGGCUCUGGCUGCGGGCGGACGGGAGAAGCGCGUCUCGGCGGGGUGGGGGGAGGGGAGAGGAUGUUGGAGGAGGGGCGCAGGGCUGGCACCUGUGGGCCUCCUUGCGCCCCAGGCGGGCGGGCUGGAGAAGCGAGCGCGCCUUAGGACCCAGGAGCUGCCCGGCUGCCGCCGCCGCUGCUGCAAACGCCCUCCCCUCGCGGGCUGGGGGGAGGCUGUUUACCAGGAGCGAGCAGCCCGGGCGAGCCUCGGACCGACCCGCAGCCAGUCCGCCGGCGGGCAGCCAGGCGCUUGGGACCGGCGGCCGGGGCGCCCAGCCCGCCCGAGGAUGCGCUCCGGCUCAGCCCGGCGCCCCGGGGUGCCGCUGCCCCUGCCCUGGGGGCCCGCGCUGCUGCUGGGCACCGCGCUCCUGGGCGCAGCCUCGGGCUCCCGGGGAGGCUGCUUCUGGGACCGGGGGCGUCUGUACAAGGCGGACCAGGGCUUCUCUGCGGAGGGGCUGCUCUGUCUCAACUGGCAGGAAGUGCAGAGGCAGAGGACAGCGAGCCUAGCCACUGAUGCGGCCCCAGGCCCGAGAAGCAGCGCGGUGGAGAACCACAGCUUCUGCCGGAACCCGGACUCGGACGCAGCCGGGCCCUGGUGCUACGUGAGGGGCUCCUCGGGAGCUCCCGAGAAGCGGCGCUGCGAACCCGUCCUGUGCGCAGGGACCCCUACUCAGGAAACAUCGCCCCUCGCCACUGCUGCAGGGAACUCUCAGGAACCGCAAGGGGCCGACGGGGAAGUGUUCGAGGUCGCAGACUCUCUGCCCUCCAACAGUGAGUCGGCAGCCGUGCAGCCCGUGAUUGGGGCCAGCCAGAGAGUGAGGAUGAUGUCGGAGAAGAAAGACCUCGGAACGCUGGGCUACGUGCUGGGAAUCACCAUGACGGUGGUCAUCAUCACCAUCGGCGCUGGCGUCGUCCUGGGCUAUGUCUACAAGAGGGGCAAGGACUUCAAAGAGCACCGCGAACAGAAAACCUACGAGCGGGAGAUGCAGCGGAUCACCCUGCCCCUGUCUGCCUUCAUGAACCCUGCGUGUGAGAUCGUGGACGAGAAAACCAUCGUGAUUCACGCCCACCGGACUCCCGGGGAGGACGUCAAGGAUGGCAACGCUCCCCUCAUGGGCCAGGCUGGCACGCCGGGGGCCUGAGCUGGGGGCCGGUGGCCAGGAGACCUCACCGCCACUGCCGUCCUAGGCCAGCCCCCUUCCCAGAGCGGGGAGGGACCCUCGUCUUCUGUUAGGGUGUUUUUGGGGUGAAUUCCAGAGACAGAGGGCCCCCCUCCUCCGCUCGGGUCUCCGUCCCUUAGGGCAGGACUGUGCCCGGCGGAGACAACCGGCGGCAUCUUCUGCAGGGGCUUCCCACGGAACUCCGACAGGGACGGGGACCAGUGCCACGUCUUCCCUCUGCGCCCCAUUCCACACGGCCACGGCUUCCCCCGUCCCCGCCUCUGGGGGUUGCAUGGCACAUAGGGACUGUUACCUUUAUCUUUCAGGAAAAACGGGAGCUUCGAGGCAGGGUGGGCUGGGGGCGACUUGGUGAGCGGCCUCCCAGUUGUGUUUAUGGCCCUUUGAAGCCAUAAACUAGUUUUUGCACUUAGGAGACACGGCCAGGAGAGCUAGAAACGCAGGGAGCUCGGGACGGGCCCGGGGGGACCGCAGCCAGCCCUCGUCCCAGGGAGAAGAAAAGCGAGUGACUGACCGUUCCAUGGAGACAAGGGCUGGGCACAGGUGCCUUAGGCCAGCACAGGGAGUCGGAGCCAGAAGCUCUAAACGGGGAGGACGACGGGGAGCAAGGGACGAUAUUUUAGGGUCUGCGACUGUCCAAGGUCCCAGAAAUGGCGUCGGUGAAUGAUCUCGGGGCUGGAUCCUCCAGGCGUCUCCCAGGAGGUUCCUGCAGAAGCUCCAGGGUAACGAGGGCGAGGGCUCACAGCGUAGGCUUCCUCCCUCUGCCGGCCCACGGCUGUGUUGGACGGGGCCGCCAGCCGCCUUGCUCCCACGGGGUCCGCCUCUCACUGCUCCUCACGAGGCCUUAGGAAGGGGGGACUUCCCCAACUGCACCUGCUCACCCGCUCCCCAAGUCCAGGCAGUCCCGGGGGUGUGGGAGCCCUGGGUGCCUCCGGGGGAAGGGCCCGGCUUGGCGUCCAUGCUCCCGGCUGCCCGAGAGGGGGGGCCGCCAUGUUACUGGUUCUAACUUUUUGUUGCUGUACCCAUUUCCCUGUUUUAUAUACCUCACUCUAACACCUGCACAUGGAGGCAGGAAGCCACUCUGGAUUCUACUGGGUAAAAAACACAUUAAACAGGACAAAAUCCA